UGGUUAUAUUCCAGGCGCAGCCAUCAUUGCGGUAGUUGGUACAGUUCACAAGGAUUUUUCCUUAAAAUUUUGUGCUGUGAUUUCAACUUAUAUUAAUUCUGACAAACCGACAAAUUUACAUGCAUAAAACUGGUUAAUAUCCCAUUAUAGAGAAACAUUAAGAGCAUUACGAUCUGAUCCAAGUGAAAAUAAUGGCAGAUCUCGAUGAUUUUUUUGCCAAGAAGGAUCGUAAGAAAGCGAAAGGUAAAAAAUUUACAACUACUGAAGAAAUAGCGAAAAAACUCGAGGAAACUGGAAAGAAAUCCAAAACUAAGGAAAAACUAGUUGCUCCUGAUGAAGAUGACAGAGCGCCUCCAAAAAUCGAGGAAGAAGAAGAAUGGCGUGAAUUUGAAGAGGAAAAAAAAGACUACUCUGGUCUGAAAAUAGGAAAUCUAACAGUUAGUGAGAAUCAGGACCAUGAGAGUAACGAUGAAAGAGGCGUAGGUGAAAACAGCUCGGAUGGUGAGAGCGGUGAAGCAAGUGCAAAAUUGAGUGGGCCGUGGAAGAAGGCUGAUGCAGUGGUUGAGUCACUUGAACCUACACCUCGUCCAACAGCCACUGCUGCCACUAGUCUCGCUGCUACAGGAAAAUACAAAACACCACAUUUGAGACAUCAGACAUCAUCAUCAUCAUCUUCUAGUACACGUUCAAGUAGAAUGAAAAAUAUUGCUCCUGACAUUCGUAGUGAAGAGUAUUUCCCAACUCUUAGUGCUAAGCAACCAGCUCCUCUUGAAACUGGCGCUUGGGGAAGGCGGAAGCGAGACGAAGGAUCAUUUGAAGAAGUUCGUAAUCGAGGUGGCACCCGAAACUACGCAGUUCCAGAAGGCCAAAAUGAAGCGCCUAAACUUUCAUUGGACAAUAAAUAUGGUGCAUUGUCGCAAGAUCAGAGCUGAAACUUUCAGAAUCCGUAUGAUGGAAUUAUCAUCUUCGAUUCCUCAUCACUUCGCACCGUUUCGUAGCCCAGUCAGUAGGUGAAAAAGCAACGAAACACUAAGAAAAAAGUCAAAACCCAGUUGACGUCAGAAAAUGAAAAUUUUCUCUGUUAACCUCUCCCGUAGGGGAUUAAUGCAUGCUAAUAUCUCAUGCGAACGUAGAUAAUUAGUUGCACAAUUGGUCAUUUCCAAAACUAUUAAACGAAAUUCAAUCACAUAAAUAAUAUGAAAAAGAGAAAUACAUUGAUUUCAAUGGCAUAUCGAUUUUUAAAAUUUCAUUCAUUCGUUUUCGUCUGUCGACGCCUUCAAAUCCUAUGUAGCGUAAGCUGUUACUGCUUAAGAAAAAUCCCGAUCGUGAGGGGUUAAUUUAUUAAAAAUUUCAACGCCGAUGGGGAAUCUAAAAAAAAAAUCUAUAAAUAAGGAAUUGACACUUUAUUCAGUUCAGUUGAUGAAAUGAGACCAUUUGAAACUGAAUAGGAAAAAAUUUUUUAGCUCAAAUAUAUGAGAAAAAAAAAUUGAAUGAAAAAAUAAAAUGAAUAAUUCUAAAUGAAUUAUUCUAGAUAUAUAUGACAUAGCAAAACGAACGAAGUGUCACCGAGGCUGGGCUUCGGGACAAUAGUGCGGCAAAAUAGGUGCGAUUGUUGAUAAAGUAAUCAGAAGAUAAACAUCAAUUAGGACAAAGUACAUACAUUCGUUGGUUAUUUCGGAGAGACAUCAUCCUACUACACUGAGACUAAUGUAAAAAAGAGAAGGACUCUGUUUAUUUUUUUCCUACUUUUUAUUCAAUUAUUUUCUUGUUUUUUUUUAAAUCAUUUUAACAAGAUAAUGUUCAAGAGGGAUUAAAUUUUUCUCAUUUUUGCAUGAAAUCGGGCAUGAUUUAUUUAGGGAAAGAACCACAAAUGUCAGCAAGACUUGAAACGUUCUAAACUAUUCAUCUUGUCUGCAGAAUUUUCGUGUACUUCAUUGAUUAUUUUUUUCUUAUUGAUAAUGAAAAA